GCUCGUGGAUUUGUACUCCAAAUGCGGCUGCUUGCUUCUCGCUCGCGGGGUGUUUGAAGGUAUGAGCAGUCUCGAUCUGGUCACCUGGAACUCUAUUAUUCUCGGCUAUGCAGAGGGUGGCGAAGGCGAGAAAGCUCUGGAGCUGUUUGCUAGGAUGCGAGAAGAAGAGCGAAGCAGGCACUCUUGUCAACGGGAAAGUGGUGAAGGUGGCGAGCUUGUCAAGAAGCAAAGCCAUACACACUCUAGCUACUCAAUCAACGAGCCAUGAUCUACACACUUUCGUCGGAAACUGUCUCGUGCAUGCUUAUGCUCAGUGUGGGAGCAUGGAAGACGCUAGCAGAGUUUUCUCAGCCAUCCAUCACAAGGACCAGCUCUCGUGGAGUGAGAUGAUUCUGGGCUAUGCUGAGACCGGUGAAGGAAAGCUGGCUUUGGAUCUCUACACAAGAAUGAAAGAAGAAGGCUGUCCGGUGAAUCACGUCACUAUACUCGCAGCACUCAAGGCCUGCGUGAGCGUGGCAGAGGGGGACGAGAACAACAGGGCACAGUGCUUGGAGAAAGGCCGGGGCAUUCACUUCGAUGCUGCCACAACCAGAAACGAACAGCAGAUCUUCGUAGCGAGCGCUUUAGUCGACAUGUACGCGAGGUGUGGAAGCUUGGCCGAGGCUCGCGGUGUCUUUGAGAAGAUGGUGCAGCGAAACACAGUGUCGUGGAACUCUCUCAUUCUGGGAAGCACGGAGAAUGGCCAGGCCGACGCAGCUCUCGAGCUCUACUCUCGAAUGAAACGGGAAGGCUUCACUCCGGAUGCUAUAACUUACGUCGCGGUGCUCAAGGCUUGCGGAAGCUUGGGAGCUCUAGAGGUCGGCAGGAAAGUGGAGGCAGAGAUUUCCAGUGCCGCCAUCUGCGAGAAGGAUACGAUGGUAUGCAACAGCUUGGUGGAUUUCUACGGGAAGUGUGGAAGCAUGGCGGACGCUCGCAGAGUUUUCGAGUGGAUCGGAGGCAACAGAAGAGACAUCGUUUCCUGGAACGCUCUCAUCGAUGGGUAUAGCCGGCAGGGUGAUAGCAAGCAGGCGUUUGAAGCGUUCGAUAGGCUUUGCAGCGGUGAAACUCCAAUCCGGCCGAAUGGAGUGACGUUCCUGGCGAUGUUAGUGCUGUGUAGCCACGCUGGCCUGGUUGAUCGAGCCAAGGAUUACUUCCAGUCCAUGGUUUUGGAGCACGGGGUUGCUCCAGACGUGAAGCACUUCACUUGUUUGGUGGAUUUGCUAGGAAGAGCUGAUCGACUGGACGAGGCAGUGGCUAUGGCGAAGAGCAUUCCUUGCAAGGCGAACGAUCCACUGUGGACGAGCAUUCUUAGCUCGUCAUGGAAGUGGAAGAAUGCAUCGACUGGAACCAUUGCUUUCCAAGCCAUGAAAAAUGUAGAGACCAGUCCUUCGGCCUUCGUGUUGAUAUCAGACAUUUACAAGGAACAGAAGAGAUGACAAAAUAAAAGUAAACGGUCAACAGUCAAUGAUUCAGGAAUUUGUGAACGGCAAAAGUUUGAAUGGAAGAGCUCUAAUAUUUGAAAA